AUGAAAGUUAUCACAAGCCUACUCUCGAUCCUCCUGCUCUGGAGAACAGCUCGCUCAGCACCGACUAAGACAGAAGAAAGGCAAGGAAGGAACAUUGGAUUCUACGACUACCUCCAGCCUGACCCAGAUUACAAUAGCUUCGAAACGGACAAUGACGACUACGUUUCGAUGGCAUUAGAAGGGAACGACCUCAGCAGGACGAUACCAUCCAGAAAAUCAGCUCGACCAUACAACUCGCCGAUUUACUACAUUCGAUUGCCUCCCCAGCCAUACAUGUUUGUUCCGGGGCUGGGGUAUGUCUCGCAGCCUGCCGCUUCGUCAGUAUCGCAGUUUGUUAAUCUCCCGUUGCCAUUUGUUGCUAAUGGGAAGCCUAGCAAUAUUUACCAAUGGUCUGGAACCUUCAAUGGUUUCCCCACGCAAGCAUCGCCUCCACCACCGCCUCCUCAACCUGCGUUCCCGCCUUCUUUCGGUAGUUUUCCUCAAGUCCCUCCCACAUAUCAAACUCCAGCGCCUCCUACUGGGGUUUUUCCAGGCUAUCCGGCGUCGACUAAGCCUCUCAAACCUGCCAAAAAACCACUAACUGAUUCGAAGAUUCACAGGUUACCUGGCACUUACACCUUCAAUGGAAAGCCUGAUGAUAUAUUUGUGCUGAGAGAUUCUUACAACUCACUCUAUAAUGAUGUUUUACAAAACGUUUACCCAUAA